AUGUUGUCUCUCGGUUCGCUGCUGGUCUCAACACUGCUCCUUCUGGGCAACCUUCGGGCCUCUUUUGCCAAACCAUCUUCCUAUGCGGUGUGGGCAGCAGACUCGGCCAUCACUCGGGGUCAAGGCAACGGCUAUGACGACUACAACGACCCGACCAAGCCCGUGGUCUCGUACGAGCAUGGAGAGCUCCAGUGGGGCCUCAUGCGACUCUACUCGGAGACCGGGAACAAGACGUACUACGAUUACAUUCUAGACGCCUCCAAUGUGAUUGUGUAUGACAACGGUAGUAUCAUCAGCGACUACUCCUUCUCGGAUUACUCAUUAGACCCUGUUCGUACGGGCCCAACAUUUGUCUAUUUGUAUCAGAAAACAAGGGAUAAGAAGUGGAAAACGGCGGCAGACACCUACCACACGCAGCUGAUGAGCCACCCCCGGACUGCCCAAGGGCAAUUCUGGCACAAAAAGCGUUACCCGAACCAAGGCUGGCUCGAUGGAAUCUACAUGGGCGACGUUUUCUACACCACUUACGUCAACGAGUUCCAGCCCACGAACUCCUCUGCAUACGACGACAUCGAGCUCCAGUUCAAGCUCAUGUACGAGAACACCCUCGUGGCAUCCACCCACCUCCUUUACCACGGCUACGACUACUCGCACACCGCCUCCUGGGCCUCUUCGGACCGCGGGCACUCGCCCGAGGUCUGGGACCGCGCCAUAGGCUGGUACCUCAUGGCCCUCGUCGACAUCAUCGAGAUCUGGCCCGCGCACCGCAGCGACGCGACCUUCCGCACGCAGCUCAAGUCCUUGGCGCCCGCGGUCGCCGCCGCCGCGGACCCGGACCACGGCGUGUGGUGGCUCGUGCUGAGCCAGGCGGGGAGGAGCGGGAACUACUUCGAGAGCUCGGGCGCGGCGAUGUUCGUGUACGCGCUGCUCAAGGGCGUCCGGCUCGGGUACCUCGACGACGCGGACGGGAGCCUGACCGCGGCGGCGAGCAGGGCGUUCGAGUACAUGGUCGCGAACUGGGUCGUCGACAAUGGGGACGGGACCAUGGACUGGCUCAACACGGUCUCCGUGGGCAGUCUCAGCGGAGAUGGGUCGUUCGCGUACUACAUCGCGCAGACGGUGAGGACGAACGACCUCAAGGGUCAGGCGGCGUUCUUGCUCGCAGCUCUCGAAUACGAGAAGCUGUAG